AUGAAAAUUUAAAAAUAUUGGAAAUUAUUAUUGGAUUCUAANAAAUUCAAACUCUGGAAGAGGAUCCUCUACAAGUAAUCAUAUUGAAUUAGAAUUAGAAAAGAUAAUCAGCAGCAUUAUAUUAGGCCCUAGAAUCAGAUAAUGAAGAUCUGAUUGUUGCGAAUAAAAAAAAAGUGAAGGAAGACGACUCUGAUAGUACUAUUGAAAGAAUGGAUAAUCAAUACUCGAACCCACCUUUGAUGUUGACAAAUGCUGAGCACUAAGAUUUAUAAGACUUAAAUGAUGAUGGAAUAAUUCAAUUGUUGAGAGAUCAACAAUUGGAUGAUUUAUACUUUGAUUGA